GCAAUCAUUUUAUUACCCUUUUCUACCAACAGAUACAGCUAUAAAGGUACAGGCAGCCAAAGACAAAGCAAGACAAGCCAACAGUACUGCAAAUGAUGUCCUGGCCCAGAUUAAAGACCUCAACCAGAAUCUCCUGAGCUUGAAAAACAACUACAGUAAACUUACAGAUGAUGUGGCGAAAACAAAUGCUGUUGUGAAGGAUCCUGUCAAGAACAUUGCUGAUGCAGAUUCCAGUAUUAAAACCCUAGAAAAGGAAGCAGAUCGCCUGCUAGAUAAAAUCAAGCCAAUCAAAGAACUUCAGGAUAACUUAGGGAAAAACAUUUCUCAGAUAAAAGAGCUUAUAAACCAAGCUCGGAAGCAAGCCAAUUCGAUCAAAGUGUCCGUGUCCUCUGGAGGUAAUUGUAUUCGCACAUACAGACCAGAAAUAAAGAAGGGAACAUACAACACCGUCAUCGUCAAUGUGAAGACUGUAGUUGCUGACAAUCUGCUUUUUUACCUUGGAAGUGCCAAGUUUACUGACUUCUUGGCCAUAGAGAUGCGCAAAGGCAAAGUGAGCUUCCUCUGGGAUGUGGGAUCUGGUGUUGGACGGGUGGAAUAUCCAGAUCUGACCAUUGAUGAUGGAUUUUGGUACCGGAUUGAAGCCUCUAGGACUGGGAAAAAUGGCACAGUAUCGGUGAGAGCUCUGGAUGGUCCGAAAGCCAGCAUUGUGCCGGUCACAUUCAAUGCUGUCUCUCCUCCUGGGUACACCAUUCUGGAUGUAGAUGCUAAUGCCAUGCUGUUUGUUGGUGGUUUAACUGAAAAAAUAAAGAAGUCUGAUGCCGUAAGAGUAACCACCUUCACUGGCUGCAUGGGUGAAACCUUUCUAGACAGCAAGCCCAUUGGACUGUGGAAUUUCAGGGACAUCGAAGGUGACUGCAAAGGAUGUGCUGUCAGUCCACAGGUGGCAGAUGGUGAAGGGACGGUCCAGUUUGAUGGUGACGGCUACGCCAUGGUGAGCCGCCCGAUCCGCUGGAACCCCAAUAUUUCCACAGUCAUGUUCAAAUUCAGGACCUUCUCAUCGAACGCCCUGCUGAUGUAUCUUGCUACUGAUGACUUGAAGGAUUUCAUGAGUGUAGAACUCAGUGGUGGGCGUAUAAAAGUCAGCUACGAUCUGGGUUCAGGUACAGCUUCAGUUACCAGCAACCAAAAUCAUAAUGACGGCAAAUGGAAAUCUUUCACCCUGUCAAGAAUUCAAAAGCAAG